UCGAAAUAAAUAAACAAUACAUAUUAUAACAUACUUAUAUACAAAAUGCGAUAUUUAUCACAAAUAUUCCAACCUGUAAUCACAAUACCAAGGGAUGUGAUUAUUAAAAAUACUGAAAUAACAUGCAAAAGUCAAAAACUUCUUUUAGAAUGUGGCCUAGUCCGACCGACCAGUGCUGGGUUUUUUACAAUACUACCCUUAGCUCGGAGAGUACUAAAUAAAUUGGAAACUUUGGUACAUCAUUGUAUGGAGGAGAUUGGAGCUCAAAGGAUGUCAUUACCAUCACUAACUGCUGCAAAACUUUGGGAAAAAACUGGCAGAUUACAAGAUAUUGGUGUUGAAUUAUUAAAGGUUGAAGAUAGACAUGGAAAAAAAUAUGUAUUGUCACCAACACAUGAAGAAGCUAUGGCAGAUCUUUUAGCUGAUAUCGGACCUUUAUCUUACAAGCAACUACCAUUACUUUUGUAUCAAAUUAGCAACAAAUUUCGAGAUGAACCUCGUCCGAAGCAUGGUCUGCUGCGUUCUAGAGAGUUCUCAAUGUUAGACGCGUACGGUGCACAUACAACACAUACGUGUGCGAGCGAAACGUACGAUAGAGUGACGAAUGCGUAUAGAAAACUGUUUGAUACAUUACAACUGCCAAUACACAGAGUGGCAGCUCCGAGUGGUGCCAUGGGUGGUACUCUCUCUCAUGAGUGGCAAUUGACCGCUGACACCGGAGAGGAUAUCCUGGAUAUGUGCCUCAAGUGUGACAGAGUGGUCCGAGCUGAGACUGUGAAUGGUGUCUGUGAUAAAUGUGCGAGUGAGAUGAAACGUGUUAAUAGUAUUGAGGUAGGGCAUACAUUUGUGCUGGGCGAGCGGUACAGUGCAGCGCUGGGCGCCCACUACACCGCUCGCGAGACCACGCCCACUCCUAUCUACAUGUCCUGCUAUGGCAUUGGUAUCACCAGAUUGCUAGCGGCCAGUGUGGAGGCGUUAGGUAAUGAUAAAGCGUUACGUUGGCCGGACGCCAUUGCUCCGUACAGACUUCUCAUAAUCGGACCUAAGGAGGGUUCGAAGGAAUGGUCAGUGGGUGGGUGGGAGGAGGUGGAGCGCCUGGGUCAGGAGUUGGAGCAGGUAGGGCUGGCGGGCGACGUGCUGCUGGAUGACAAGCACACACAUACCAUUGGCAGGCGGAUGAAGGCUGCUGACAGAAUGGGUUAUCCUAUAAUUGUUGUCUGCGGACGUUCAACAACAGAAAACCCACCUAAAUACGAACUGUACACGAGUAAAGCUGUUGGCUAUACAGCACCAGUUUUACUGACUCGUACCGAACUUAUAGCUGAAGUGGCCAGGAUUGCGAGAAAUGGCAACAUUGAUAUACAAGUAAAAGAUAUUGAUGUAAAACAAGUGGUCGGCAAUUAA